AGACGACCGAGAAGAAGACACGUUGACACUCAGUCUUCUUCACUUUGUACACACAUCAGUGUACUAGCCGCUACAGAUACUUUACACUUUUAAUAUUUGUAGUCCGAAUGGAUCCUUUUACGGAGAAACUGCUGGAGCGGACUCGGGCUCGCAGAGAGAACCUCCAGAAAAAAAUAGCAGAGAGGCCAAAUGCAGCAAAUCGGCAGAUGGUGAAAAGAGCCCGAGAGCCUCUGGCUGACACCAACAGUGUGAUCGGCGAGCCAGCCACUGCUCCACAGAUGUCCACCAAACCUUCUCCAUCCAAGCGCAGGUGUUCAUCGGAAAAUGUUCAGCCUGUCGAGGGAGACAAGAUUCAGCCUGUGGCGCCUGUGCUCCAAGAUCCCCCAUCAGACAAGAAACCACCGGUCUGCCCCACAAGCGUCCGACCCGCAUCCUCUACGGGAAGGAGUGAUGGCCGUCCUGUUGCUCAGCUGGAAGAGACAAAAACUGUUGAGUCAGAGAGGAUGGCUGUGACUGCUCCGCCCAAGAUGCAGGCUAGCAGAAUUGUCGCCACGGUUCCUGAAACACCAAAGAACAAGGAGGACGCAGCGGAAGAUUCCGCUCUUCCUGCCACUGGCAUGAAGUCUCGUCUGCGCAAGCUUGCUGAACAGAGAAAAUUCUGGGAUGGUGAUCAUGGUUGUUUGACAGACACUUCUGAUGCAGACUCUACACCUCUGUCCCUGCUGAGACAAAAAGAUGAUGUCCCAACAUCCUUUUCCUGCCCUACCGCGUCCUCAGAAACUCCAGUAGGAAGGAGAGGCAGACUGGCUAACCUUGCUGCCACCAUUGGGUCCUGGGAAGAUGAUGUAAGCCAUGCCAUCAUACCCAAAGAGGAAGCUCCAGUAAAGCUCGCUCCAGCAAAGCUCGCUCCAGCUUCUGCUCCCCAGAUAAGCUCGAAGGAUGCAAGUACGGCUGCGGGCGCUCAACAAAAGGCCGCUGAUCACGCAGCCUCCACUUCACCUGCCAGCAAGUCCUCACUCGUCUCAAAUCAGCUUUCACGUUCCUUAGCCAAACCAGGCGCAAAGGUUCCUCCAAGCCCCCAGAAGGCUGACACUCCCGCAGCCACAUCAACCCUUCAGCCAGUGACGAGCCCCCAGAAGACAACACCUGUGCCCCCAGGGUCCUCAUCUUCCACAUCAGUGUCUUGGAAAAAUAAAGACCUUUCCACAGCUCCCAGUUCAUCAUGCACCCCUCAGAAAGUCCAACUCUGUGCUAAAGCCUCUACGCCCAGCGCCACCGUCCCGCAAGGAAAGUCCAGUGCUCCUGGUGUCAAGUCUUUCCUGGAACGAUUUGAAGAGCGAUGCCAGGAGCGCACCAAGCAGUGCUCCCCAGCAGGGGGUGGCUCCCAGACAACGACACCCAGCACUCGACUCGCUCUCAGGACCGCCCAAACACCCAAAACCACAACAGCUGAUCUCAUCCAGAAACAAAAACUGGAGCGGGAGUCCGAACUGGCUCAGAUUCAGAGUCGCUUCCGGGGGAAUAAUAUGUGGAAAAACAGAGAGGCAGGGGCAGAAACCAAGAAAACCAUAGACAGCAAGGGCCAUGUUGGCAAACCAGUGGACAGCGACGACCAUCCAGAAUCACAUUUUAUUGAGACGCCAGCUACGCCUGCAAAGAGCAUUUCCACAGCAGGUUGUGGGUUGCUAGAUCCUCCCCCAUCCUCCACAUCCAGUCCACUGAGAGAUGUUGCCCGUGCAGACAAGGAGACAACUGAUGAAAGCACAAAAGAGGAAGAAGUCGACGAGGGCAAGGAGAUCGAGAUGAAUGUUGACCAGUCCAUCAACUCUGCAGUGAUCAAUGAUCUGUUUGAGGGAGUUCUUGAGCAGAGUGACGAUCAGGAUCGUGAGGAGGAUGAGGAAGAAGAUGCCUUGAAUAUCUCUUCCAUGUCCCUUCUCACGCCCCUGGCAGAGACUGUGGCUGCUGUGGUGAAGAGUCCAGAGAGGAGGAUAAUGACGUCAACUCCAGCUAAUUCGUUCAUGGUGAAGAAUGACACGCCCGACAAGGUUCACAAACCUGGUCAGUUCCAGAGAGCCAACAUAAGAAAGAGCGGCUCGUCUGACAGCAUAGUCGCCUCUGAGGACGAUCAUAAACUACCCUACAGCAUUGAUGCAUAUAGGUCCAUUAGAGUGAAGGAGACUGGGAGAGCCAACAUGAAAGACGUGAUGGUGAGAAAAGAGGACGUUUCUGGCAGAGCAGAGGAAGCGCGAGGCUCCAGCCUGUUUAGCAUCAAACAGAAGAUGAAGGCUCUCACAAAUGAGAUGAACCUGCAGCAGACCAUCAUCCACCAGGCCAGCCAGGCGCUCAACUGCUGCACGGAUGAAGAACACGGGAAAGGAUCCCAGGUGGAGGCUGAGGCGGAGCGACUCUUGCUCGUUGCAACCGAGAAGAGGGAGGUGCUCAAGACAGAGUUACAGCGCCUGAAGGGUGAGGGCCCAGCAGGACAGAAGAAAAACCCUGCGCUCCUCCAGCCUACUGGCAUCUCAGCCUCCAAGGGCUCCAUCAGCCUGCGGGAGUUCCGCUUGCCUCUCAAGGCAGACUUUGUUUGCUCCACUGCCAAUAAGCCAGAAUCCGUCAAGUAUUCUUUCUUCAUAAUGAUUCGGUCUGGAGCAGAAAACAUGGUGGCCACGCCCCUCGCAAGUACACACCGUGGUCUCAGUGGCGACACCCUCACUUUCCCUACAACGUUCAGCAUAUCUGAUGUCUCCAGUGACUUUUGCAUCGAUAUUGACGUCUACUACCUGGUUCAAAAACGUGAGCUGAGUGGUGACAAGAAGAAGAAAGCUGGCAAGUCAAAGGCAAUCACCCCAAAGAGAUUUCUGGCUAUCACAAAAGGCAGCCAAACACCAGUUCUUGCCAGUCCAGGAGGCCCCAACGCUGUUCGGACCAGCAACUUUGUACUGGUUGGAUCUUACAAGCUGACUCUUUCUUCCGUGGGGAAAAACAAAUUUGCCUUGGAGAAGGUGCCGUUCUUAUGUCCUCUGGAAGGUCACGUCCACCUGAAGAUGCAGUGCGAAGUUGGCUGCAGAGUGGAGGAAAAAGGCUUCCUGACAAUGUUUGAAGACGUUAGCGGAUUUGGUGCCUGGCACAGAAGAUGGUGCGUCUUAUCAGGGUACUGCAUCUCCUACUGGACGUACCCGGAUGAUGAAAAACGAAAGAAUCCCAUUGGUCGCAUCAACCUGGCCAACUGUACCAGUAUAGCGGUGGAACCAGCCAACCGUGAGUUCUGUGCCAGACCGAACACGUUCGAGCUCAUCACGGCCCGGCCACAGCGAGAAGACGACAAAGAGACUCUCGUCAGUCAAUGCAAGAACACCAUGUGUGUCACCACAAACUGGCUGAGCGCAGACACCAAAGACGAGAGGAAUUUGUGGAUGAAGAAGCUCAACCAAAUUUUAACAGACGUGCGCAUGUGGCAGCCUGACGCUUGUCACGCAAGCAAAACGCCCAACAGCUUUUGCUAGCAUGCAAUGCAUGCAUCCGAGUGCAUUAUUGUACCUUUUUUCUUCUGGCUAGCUAGCUAUAUACUGUACUGCUACUGUACAUUAUUUAUAUACUGCUGCUGUAUACUAUAUAUUUACUGCUUUCAUUUGCCAGGUAUUUUAUGUUAUCAGUAGCACUUCAAUA